CUCAGCUCCGCGCAACGGCCGGCGUCUCGCUGGUCUGGAGCCCCAGUCCGCCGGGCCCCUGACCCCGCGCCCCUCGCGCUCCGUUCCCGGUAUGCCCCGCUCCCGUAAGGGCAGCGCGCCCCGCAAGGGCGGCCAGCGCCGCAGAGGCGGUGCUCAGAGCAGCGCCCAGGCGGACUCGGGUUCCAGUGAGGACGAGGCGGCCAGUGAGGCCCGCAGCACCACCAGCGACUGCCCCAGCCUUGUCAGCGCCGCGGCGGACGACGGCCUCGAUGGCCUUGCAGGGGGGGAUGCCGUGGACGAGCAGGGCCAGCAGGAGGACCUUGAGGAGAAGCUGAAGGAGUAUGUGGACUGCCUCACAGAUAAGAGGACACCUCCUUCACCCCCCAGUGCCAAGACGCGGCAAAGUGCCCUUGAGAACUUGCGCCUGGCCCUGGCGUCCCGCCUGCUCCCCGACUUCCUGCUGCAGCGCAGCCUCACCCUGGCCGAUGCCUUGGAGAAGUGCCUCAAGAAAGGGAAGGGCGAGGAGCAGGCGCUGGCCGCCGCCCUGCUGGGCCUGCUGUGCGUGCAGCUGGGGCCGGGGCCCCAGAGCGAGGAGCUGUUCCACGGCCUGCAGCCCCUCCUGGUGUCGGUGCUCACUGAUGCCGCCGCCAGCCCCUCCGCCCGGCUCCACUGUGCUUCUGCUCUGGGCUUGGGUUGCUACGUGGCUGCCGCUGACGUCCAGGACCUGCUCUCCUGCCUCACCUGCUUGGAAGGGGUUUUUAGCCGGUCCUGCAGUGCGGGCGGCUCCACAGCCCCUGCCAACCUGCAUGGCCUGUUCUGUGCCACCCUGCAAGCCUGGGCAUUGCUGCUCACCAUCUGCCCCAGCAGCCACAUCAGCCACAUCCUUGACAGGAGGACCGGACCUACGGGGACAUGGACGCCCUCUGCGGCGCUCUGCGCACUCUGGCCACCGACAGCAACAAGUACCGCGCCAAGGCCGACCGCCGGCGCCAGCGCGCCACCUUCCGCGCCGUGCUGCACUUCGUGGAGGGCGGCGAGUGUGAGGAAGAGACCAUCCGCUUCGGCCUCGAGGUGCUCUACGUGGACAGCUGGGCCCGGCGCCGCGUCUACGCCGCCUUCAAGGAUGUGCUGGGGUCGGGCAUGCACCACCACCUCCAGAACAACGAGCUGCUCCGCGACGUCUUCGGCCUGGGCCCCGCGCUGGUGCUGGACGCCGCCGCCCGGAAGGCCUGCAAGGUCUCCCGCUUCGAGAAGCACCUGUACAACGCAGCCGCCUGCAAAGCGCGGACCAAGGCGCGCAGCCGUGUGCGGGAUAAGCGGGCGGACGUCCUGUGAGGCGGGAGGAGACUCCACGCCCCGGCCCAGACCUAACAGAAGACGGUGCACCAGCUGGUCCCUGCCGGAAAGUGUCGCUUUAUUUUUUUAAUGGCUAAACCAAAAACAGACACGGGGGUGGGUGGCGGGAGCCGGGCCACUUGGGACCCCGGCACUCAGCCUGUGGCCUCUCCUGCCCUGUGUCGGUCGGCCCGGUGCCCUGUCCCCGGGAUGAACUGCUCCCCAGAGGACGGUGGGGAUGGCAUGGCCACACGUCCCCACGGGUGUGGAGGGGAGGCCCCUGGCAUGGCUCUAUGUGCGGGUUUUAAAGGCUUAGAGGUGAUUAAACUGCGCAGCCUGCUGUG